AUGGCUCAGCGACUGCAACAAAUCUCCAACCAGUUGGCUCAUAAUAACCAACCACAUGAUCCAUCUAGGAUUGAUGGACACGUCGUUUUUAUUACAGGCGGCGCACAAGGAAUUGGGCGGGCAGCGGCAACUCUUCUUGCAUCCAAAGGAGCCAAAAUCGUGCUUGCGGAUGUAGACGAGACGAAAGCCAAUGAGGCCGUCAAGGAGCUGCGACUCGAAGGAUACGAGGCGGCUUGCGUUGUAGGAGACGCCCUGGACGAAGCGUUCCCAGCAAAAGCAGUCGCGGCAGCGUUGAAGGCGUUCGGGAAGGUCAACUGUCUAAUCAACAAUGCCGGGUUCUGUUAUGAUAGCGCGAUUCACAAAAUGAGUGACGAAAAAUGGGACACGGUCAUGAAAAUCCACAACUACGUUCCUUUUCGAAUGAUCCGCGCCUUGUCUACUCACUGGAUGAACCCUCAGACGGCCGAUAUGCCCAAAACCGUCAUCAAUGUGUCCUCGACGUCCGGACUACACGGUCAAAUGGGCCAGAUUAACUAUUCAACAGCGAAGUCGGGGAUUUUGGGACUUACCAAGACCGUUGCGGCAGAGUGGGCUAGAUACAAUGUCCGCUGCAAUGCCGUCGCUUAUGGCUGGAUGGAUACGCGGUUGACCAGGCCGCCCACAGAGGAAAAGGUUGUGCUUGCUGGGCAGAGUAUCGUCACGGGUAUCCCUGCCAACGCGCGGAAGUUUAGGGAUACGUCGGAUAUCCCUCUUGGACGGCCGGGUACUGUCGACGAUGCGGCCAAUGUUAUGCUGUUUUUGGCUAGUCCUAUGUCAUCCUACGUGACGGCGACUUGUAUUGAAUGUACCGGAGGUAGAUAUAUGUAA